UAACAUGUAACCCCUCCCUCUAAUCUGAAGUGGUUUUGUCCAGGCUGACAUAAGAAUAUUUCUCCCAGUUUUGCCCACCAGCAGGAAUUGGGACAAGGGGAAAGUGUAUCCUGAGGAAGGUCAGAAGACCUGCUGUAUGGGGUGGCUGGCAGGAUUUCCUCCUCCUUGAAACUGGGCCCUCAUCAUCUUCCUGCCAUUCCUUAACAGAGAAAGAUACAAAAGAUUGACUGACCUCCAUUUCUUCCUCCCAAGGAGAGGCAGAGAGUAGAAACAUGAGCUUGGACGCCUUGUUUCAACAAAUCCUUCUGACAGAACAGAAAGCGGAGGAGAAGCGCCGCUUCAUGAACCAGGUUAAACAGGAAAUAGCACUAGGCCAUGAAAAAGUUAUAAGUAUAACAAAACAGUUGGAUGAAGCAAAAACAAAACUGGACAAUGAGGUUCAGUUGCUCUCCGAAAAGUUAUUUAACUUGGAGCUUUUGAAGAAAUGGGAAGAAAGCUUAGAAAAACAGAAGAGUGAACUUCUAAACCAGAAGGAUGUUCUGCUUGAAAAAUUUAUGACUACAAAGAAUAUAAUUGCCAUGGAGCAUGUGAAAUUUUUGAAAGAAGUUACAGACUUCAAUAAUGAAUACAGUUUAACAUCCAAUAGAGAGCAACUAAUUAAAAAAAGAGCUAAGGCUGAAAUAUGUGAAUUAGAAGAAAAAGAAAGCAUUUUGAGAAAUGAAAUAAAGUCAAUGGAGCACAAAAAUGCUGAAUUAAAAAUGUUUCAGCAGAAGAAGAAUGAAUUGAAGCAAGAUUUACGUAAUCUUCAGAAAAAGGUGCAAGAUCUUGAAAAUGAAAUAAAAGAAGCUAAAUACAACACAGAGUGUUUAGAAAUGGAAAAAAUCCAAAUGGCUGCAAAACCUCAGACAGAUCCAGAUUGUAUAAGACUUAAAAAGGAAUUGGAAAGUUACAGAGAAGAUGAAAUGGAAAAUGCCUGUGAGGCUCUUCAAACGGAAAUUGAAUUUCUGCAGAUGAAACUGUUACAAAAAAACCUUCACUCAGAUAAGUAACAUAUGGAGGGUUGAUUCAAAUGUCACUGAAACAAGUCUUUGUAGUAUUUGGAAAAAUGCUACUUUUGUAAGUCUUUGUUGUUAAAUCUAUCAUCCUCUAU